AUGGCGUUAAUAACUUUUUACCAGAUUCCUAAAACGAUAAAAUAUAAAUCAAAUGUUUGCUCGUGUGCAACUUUUAUCACUGUUUUAUUAUUUUUAUUGACGUUCAUUCCCCCACUGAUCAUUGUUCUGCUCACCGAAAAUUUCCUCAAUGGAAUAAACACAGGCUAUGAGAGGCCAAUUGUAUAUUUCAAUUCCAAACUUCUCUGCUACCUAAAAACCGACCAACAUGGCAACUACAUAACGUGGAGUACUUUUCCCAAUCAUCAGUUUAUUGAAGCCUCACAGUUGAGAGUCCCCAACGCCACAUCAGUGACCACAUUUAAAAUGGAAUCAAUGGGACAUAUUGGUUUCGUAGUACCUCCGCAUUGUAAUAAUUUAGAAUUAAUUGGUCGCUUGGUGCUUCUGCAAAACGUUCCUAUCACGUUUAACGAUACUUUAUAUGAAGCGCCUGUAAUAAACCAAUCCAGUUUAUCAUCAAAGACCUAUCAAGUUGUGAACGUACUGAAACAUUAUAACAGAAGAAAAGUACGAACUCAGCUAACCAAUCAACAGGCUGUAUGGAGAAAGGAUGCUGAUGAGCCCAACAAAUCAACAUUCACCGUCAAGCUCAUCAUCAGUUACGACGCCGCGUUCAAUUUCUAUUAUUAUCAAACAAUCUGGGAGCAGUUGAAAUGGUUUUGGGUCGUGUACCUAGCAAUUUUAAUACCUUUUUACUGGGUAUUUGGUUACAUCAGGCGUCUCAUAUUCACCAAUCACAUGGUGAUAACGUGGGUGGCCAAGGGAGAAAAUUUUCGUUACGGAACUAGGAUGAAAGAUGAGGGAUAUACAUGA